AUGUCUUCGGUUAAAGUGGCAGUUCGAGUACGUCCAUUCAACCAAAGAGAAAUAUCGAACGCUUCAAAAUGCGUCCUUCAAGUGAAUGGAAAUACGACAAGUAAAGGGCUGGGGUUCAAUUCCCCAUACCUCCAGAAUCUUUUUUUCUUUUUAAUUCAAAAAAAAAUUUUUUUUUCAGCUAUCAACGGUCAAUCCAUUAACAAGGAGAACUUCAGUUUCAAUUUUGAUCACUCCUACUGGUCCUUUACCAAGAAUGACCCACAUUUUAUUUCUCAGAAGCAAGUGUAUGAAGAGCUUGGAGUGGAGAUGCUUGCUCACGCAUUCGAGGGGUAUAACGUGUGUAUAUUUGCAUAUGGACAAACUGGAUCUGGAAAAUCAUACACCAUGAUGGGGAAAGCGAAUGAUAAGGACGAAAUGGGAAUCAUUCCCAGAUUGUGUGACGAUCUAUUUGAACGUAUCGAUAAUAACAAUGACAAAAAUGUAGAAUAUUCUGUCGAGGUCUCCUAUAUGGAAAUUUACUGCGAAAGGGUCAAAGAUCUUCUGAAUCCCAGCUCUGGAGGAAACCUGCGAGUCCGUGAACAUCCACUUCUCGGUCCAUAUGUCGAUGAUCUAACCAAAAUGGCUGUCUGUUCAUACAACGAUAUUUGCAAUCUGAUGGACGAAGGAAACAAGGCGAGAACCGUUGCUGCCACUAACAUGAACUCAACGUCGUCUAGAUCUCAUGCAGUUUUCACAAUCGUUCUCACUCAAAAAAGACACUGUAGCGAUACUAACUUGGAUACGGAGAAAGUUUCAAAAAUAUCGCUAGUCGAUUUGGCCGGAUCUGAAAGAGCUAAUUCCACAGGAGCUGAAGGCCAAAGAUUGAAGGAAGGAGCCAAUAUUAACAAGAGUUUGACAACUUUGGGUCUUGUCAUCAGUAAACUUGCUGAAGAAGUAAGUUCGAAACAUCAUGUUUCUGCGGGAAAUAAGAAACGACGAAUGAAGGGAGUGAUUCCAUAUCGUGAUUCUGUGUUGACAUGGCUUUUGAGAGAAAAUUUGGGAGGGAAUUCAAAAACGGCUAUGCUGGCUGCACUGUCUCCAGCCGAUAUCAAUUUUGAUGAAACAUUGAGUACUUUGAGAUACGCGGAUCGAGCGAAACAAAUUGUUUGCCAAGCCAUCGUUAAUGAGGAUCCAAACGCCAAACUCAUUCGGGAACUCAAAGAAGAAGUCAACAAAUUACGUCACAUUCUGGAAGACAAGGGAAUCGACGUGGCAGAAGUUCAAGAUACUCCAGGAAAACCUAAGAAGGGACCAAAGUUAUCUGCGCAAGUACAUGACACAAUAGAACAAUUGCAAGCUUCGGAGAAAUUGAUAGCUGAAUUGGAUAAGACAUGGGAACAGAAAUUGAGAAAUACAGAAGAAAUCAGAAAACAAAGAGAAGAGGAACUUCGAGACAUGGGUCUUGCGUGUCUGGAUGAUGGCACCACAUUGGGAGUUUUCAGUCCAAAGAAGCUUCCACAUUUGGUGAAUUUGAACGAGGAUCCUCUGAUGUCAGAGUGUCUGAUCUAUUACUUGAAAGAAGGAGUUACGAGUGUUGGUCGCCCGGAGGCUGAAAGACGCCCUGACAUUCUCUUAUCAGGAGAAGCAAUUCUAGACCUUCACUGUGAAUUUGUGAAUGAAGAUGGCAAUGUUACAUUAUCAAUGCAACCAGAAGCUUCUGUUUAUAUCAAUGGAAAACAAGUAACGACACCAACAGUACUACAUACUGGAUCCAGAGUGAUUCUUGGAAAACAUCACGUCUUCCGGUAUAACGAUCCACAAGAAGCUAGACAAAGUAGACAUAAUUUGGCAGCAAUUACUGCUGAACAACCAAUUGACUGGAAAUAUGCUCAACAAGAACUUUUGGAAAAGCAAGGAAUCGAUUUGAAGAAACAAAUGGAAAAUAAAUUAUUGGAAAUGGAGUCACAAUAUAGAAAAGAGAAAGUGGAAUUGGAGAAGAAAAUGUUGUUGCAAACGAAGGAGUACGAGACAUUGAUCGAAAGUCUACAGAGACAAGUGGACUUGGCUCAGUCUGUCAUAUCGAGUGGAGGUUCAAUUUGGGAAGGAGAGAGAAUGUUGACGUCUUCUAUGACUGAAUUUCCAGAAGAAUUGAAAUGGUCCUCCGAUCAAAAAAGAGUCGUCAGAAAGGCUGCAAUCAAAUGGAGAUACCAUCAGUUCACUUCUGUAAGAGAUGAUCUUUGGGGAAAUGCGAUUUUCGUCAAAGAAGCCAAUGCGAUUUCUGUGGAACUCAAAAAGAAGGUGCAAUUCCAAUUUGCCUUGCUCACAGACACCAUGUAUAGUCCACUGCCACCUGAUCUCCUACCCCCUGGAGAAGACCUCACCCUUCGACCGUAUCCAAAAACAGUGGUUGCAAUUCAAGUUCAGGAUCUUAAAAAUGGAGCAACUCAUUACUGGAGCAUUGAGAAGCUCAAGCAACGUCUCGAAGACAUGCGAAUCUUCUACAAUUCGGAACUUUCUGUUGCUGGAACACCAGUCGAUGCACCAUAUCCACCAGUGGCUGAAGGAUGGCUAGCUGCUUUGCAUCUCAAUCCGGCACGUCUUAUACCCGACAGACAACGUCUUGAAGCAAUGCGUGACAUGUAUGAAACGGAUGCACAGAUGUCACCUACAGAUCAAGAUCCAAUGAUGGAUGCAUUAAUGGGUACCGAUCCAUUUUAUGAUCGAUUCCCAUGGUUCAGAAUGGUUGGGAGGGCGUUUGUAUAUUUGAAUAACUUGCUUCACAAUGUUCCACUAAUUCAUAAAGUGGCUGUUGUCAACGAGAAAGGAGAAGUUAAAGGUUAUCUGAAAGUUGCUAUCGAACCAGUGCAGAAGGAUGAGGCGCCGUGCCAGAAGAAAGGAGUUCGUCAAACUGCGAAACUACAUUUCAGAAAAGAAGAUUUCCUGAAAACCCAUAAAAAUGGAGAGACUGAUGAAUCCAACGAAUUGGCGUUCCCUGAGCACAUGAAAGAAGAAGUGGAAUUCUGUUUCCGUGUUGUCGUUCUUCAAGCCAUCGACGUGGCAGAAGCGUAUUCAGAUGUAUUCUGUCAAUUCAAUUUCCUUCACCGUCACGACGAAGCAUUCUCCACCGAGCCAAUGAAGAAUUCGAAAUCACCGUUGACAUUCGAACACACUCAAAAUCUUCACAUCAAAAUGAGCAAGACGUUUCUCCACUAUCUCCACCAUUUCCCAAUUAUUUUCGAGGUUUUCGGACAUUUCCAACCGAAAAGUGAGCAAUUCAAUUUCGAAAGACAAAACAGUGCACUUGGAAGAAGAUUGAGCACUAAAUUGACAUUCCAACAGCCAAGUCUUGUGAUUUCAACACCCGUUAAGAGCAAAAAAGCAAAUGCGCCAAUUCACAACAACACGGCUUCUGUGAAGUCAAAACACGAUCUUUUGGUUUGGUUCGAGAUUUGCGAGCUGGCGAAUAAUGGAGAGUACGUUCCAACGAUUGUCGAUCAUGCUCAAGGGCUCCCAACUCAUGGAAUCUUCCUUCUUCAUCAAGGAAUUCAGAGAAGAAUCAAAAUUACCAUAUGCCAUGAGAAGGGAGAAUUGAAAUGGAAAGAUUGUCAAGAACUGGUUGUUGGACGUAUUCGUGCUGGUCCAGAAUGGGCUGGAGGAGAUGAUGUGGAUGUGUUAUCUCUUGGAUUGUUCCCUGGAACCUUCAUGGAAUUUUCCAUGGAUGAUCGAACAUUCUUCCAAUUUGAAGCAGCUUGGGACUCUUCCCUUCAUAAUUCUCCGCUUCUAAACAGAGUUUCCAAUUAUGGAGAUCAAAUUUACAUGACUCUUUCUGCUUACAUGGAAUUGGAUGGAUGCGCUCAGCCAGCUGUGAUUACUAAAGACUUGUGUCUUCUGAUCUACGCCAGAGACUCCAAGAUCUCAGCAGCCAGUCGUUUCUGCCGCUCGCUGAUUGGUGGAAUCUCAAAAUCGCCAGAAAUGAAUCGUGUUCCAGGAGUGUAUCAAUUGUGCCUGAAGGAUGGAUCCGACUCAGGUAGAGCGAUCCGUCGUCAACGUCGUGUUCUUGACACUUCAUCGGCUUAUGUGAGAGGAGAAGAGAAUCUAGGUCAAUGGAGACCACGUGGCGAUUCACUGAUCUUUGAGCAUCAAUGGGAAUUAGAAAAAUUGACCCGACUUCAACAAGUGGAAAGAGUUCGGCUGUUCUUGAGACUUCGUGAUAGAUUAAAGGGAAAGAAGAACAAGGGAGAAGUGAGAACUCCAGUCAGUCCAUGUGAUCCGGUUUGCGCUAUUCCGGAAAGUGUCAAGCUGGAUGAUAAGGAAAAAGGGAUUGUUGGAAAAGUGUUGGGACUGAUCAAAAACAAAAUUCCAAUGAACAAGGAUCCUCCAACUGGAAACAAAGCACAAGAACUCAGUGAUGAGAGUGGAUCAAAUAGCAUCACAUCUCCAACUUCUGAUAAAUCUCUUAUCAGAUCUUCACAAUCAUCCGAUCUUCUCUGCCGUCAAAAAUCGAAGUCUGACCAGAACCUCACAUCAAACGAUGACAUCAUUGACAGCAUCGGAGGAAUGAAGCGAAGUUUGAGUGGAUCCCGAAUCCUUCAACUCAAUAUUUUGGUUCCCGAGGUGUUGGAAGAACGUGUUGGAGUGGUUGUUUCGAAGAAGGGAUAUAUGAACUUUUUGGAAGAAAAAACCCAGGGCUGGACUCGUCGAUGGGUAGUUGUUCGUCGUCCGUACAUUCUGUUGUUCCGAGAUGAUCGAGAUCUCGUAAUCCGAGGAAUCAUCAAUUUGGCGAAUGCGAGAAUCGAACAUUCCGAAGAUCUUCAAGCCAUGGUUAAGGUUCCAAAUACAUUCAGUGUUUGCACAAAUCAGCGAGGAUUUUUGAUGCAGAUGAUGCCUGGAGAUGAGAAUGUACGACUGGCUGUAUGCUAUCAAUCCAUUGAUGGCUGGUCAAAUGAAACUACACGGAAAUCAAAAUGGAAAUUCAUUGAAAUCUCCAACUUCAUCAGCUACAACAACAACCACACCAGCUCCAUAAUUAUUCUCAUUUCUCUAUUUCUAUUGCUUUAUUUCUAUUCUAUCUCUCUCUCUCUCUCUCUCUCUCUAUUUUUUCUUUAUUUUUUUCUUCUGUGA